UUGUAACUUAUUUUGUUAUCAUUAACAUAAUAAAAGCAAUAUUUUGGACUCUCUAACUUCUUUUACGAUUAUUUUUAGUUAUAUAUACUUUCUAUUCCUGUCACGGACAGACACACUGACUCACUCCCCGAAACCCUAAUCCCAAAUUUCUCAAUGGCAAAGAAACGGCAACGAACCCCCGCCGCGUCCAAAGACGACGAACCACUCACCCCCGUCUCCAAGAAUGACCAACCACUCACCUCCGCCUCAAAGAACGACCCACCGCCACCGUCCAAAAAGCCAGAAGAAGAAAAAAAAGAUGAAGACGAUGAAGAUUCGUCAUCUGAAGAAGCUUCUUCAUCUGAAGGUGAAGAAGAUGAUGAUUCAGAAGAUGAUGAAUCAGAAGAAGAACAACCUCCUCCUUCAAAACCUGCUUCCAAAACCCCUCAAACCGAUAAUGAUAAAUCGGAAUCCAAAAAAGAUGAAGACGAUGAAGACGAAGAAGAAACCGAUACCGAUUCUGAUCAAGAACCACCUCCAAAACUCAAAUCCAUCAAUUCAAAAUCCAUUGAUGAAACCCUAAAAUCAAAGCCUCAACCAAAAUCCUCUGCCGCACCGGCCAGAUCUGGAACCAAACGUUCUGCUGAGAGUGACACCAAACUUGUAGAAGAAGCUAAACAAUCAAAGAAGAAGAAAACAACGGCCGCUGCUGAUGAUAAGAAAGAACAGGAGGAGGAUAACAAAAAGCCCGGUGAUGACUCAAAAAAAUUGUUUCAGAGAGUUUUCAAUGAAGAUGACGAACUUGCAAUUCUUGAAGGUCUAGUCGAUUUUACUGCAAAAACAGGGAACGAUCCAGCGAAAUAUCCCACAGCAUUUUACGAUGAUGUGAAGAAGUCGAUUCAUUUUCCAGUUACACUUGAACAGCUGAAAGAUAAGGUUCGGAGGCUGAAGUUGAAAUUUGACAAUAAGAUGAAGAGUUGCAAGAAUGGAAAGACUCCUACUUUCUCCAAACCUAUUGAGGAGAAAAUGUUUGAAUUUGGCAAAAAGAUUUGGGGUGGUAAUGUUGUUGAAGAAAAUGGAAAACCUGAUGAGAAACCCUCUAAAAAGGGUGCUGUUAAGAAAUCACCAACUACGAAGAAAUUGGAUAUGGAACCUGAUUUGUCCUUGGUGGCUUCCAAGGAAACUAGAAAGGAGAAUCCCGGUUCGGGUUUUAUUAUGAAUGAAAUGCAUCGAUUUGACAAAAGUGUAUCAGGUUUAUUUGGGUCGGGCAUGGAUUUGCUGAAGAGCGGAGUGGAGUUGCUUGAGGAAUCAAAGAGGAUAGAGUUGGAGAAAAGAUGGAAGGAGUUGCAAAUUGCUGAAUUGAAGGUUGUUAAUAUGCGAGCUGAGUUGUCUGAGAAGCAAAGUAGAUUGAUAAUGGAUGCGUUGAUGUCUUCAUCGAGCGAUUAGGUUUGCUGUUCUUAGAUGGCUGGUUUUCUGUGGCCAUAACUUUGAUCUAUAUGAGUCUUUGAUUUGUGGUCAUUUUGUUGCAAUUGUUUAGAGAUUUUUUAGUUUACAAUUCUGCUGUUUAUUUAUUUACUUUGAGAAAUUAGUAUUAUGGUUUUGGAAUUCUAGAAUUAUCUUACUGAACAUGCAAUUGCAAUGGACAUAUUGUGGUGUUUGUAGUAUUGGUAUUAUGGAAAUCUGGUUACAGUGACAUAAAA